AUGAAAUUUCAGCCAAUUUGACCGAAAACCAUUUUCCAUAGGUUUUGUGCGGGGUCCUUUAACGGCUGAUCUCGCUGCACUGACAAAUUUGGCAGCGACUUCACACUAGUCGAUUCGUAAAGGCUGCCUUAUGAAUAGUUCACGUGGCAUUCAUAUUUAUCAUUCCACAGAAAUGCGAAAGAGAAACGAGAGGAACGAUCAGAAUUUGCUCGAGACAACAUCAAUAUAAAAUCUCAAAAUAUGAGAUUACAGGAAAUAGGACCUUGCAAUCGAAAUUCUUUUUUAGGUGUACAUUUAGCUCAUAAAGAUAAUUUUUUAAAAACCUUACCUAUUGUGUCACUUUGUAGUAAUCCUGAAAGUCUAUCUGGGAUGUUUGCGCGUCGAGAAUGAUGCAUCGUAGUUAUCGAAUCAAUUUACGAAAAAUCACUUAUUAAUUAUAAUUGUUUAAACAUCUGCUUUUUUGUUGGAAUUUACAAAAAAUUCUUUCGCUCUCUUGAAUAUAUAAAUGAUGAUUUCCCUCGACACACAGUUUCGUAUCCAAAAAUUAAGAAAGCACUGCCUCCAAGUGAUACCUGCAGCUCGGAGAAAGCUCGUGGGUCUUGAGACACCCUGUAUAUGACGGGCGUAUCCUUGGCCGCGUGUGCGUGCGUUUCACACACGGACACCUGUGCCACCGAUAUUUAUGUCACGGAGGAACGCCGACGUUACAAUUUCCUACGGAACGAGAAACGCCGAUCGCAACUUCUGCUUGACCGAGUUAGCUCUUGCAUAUCCUAUUUGAAUCGUUCCCCCUCACACGAGGAAAAUGUUACGUGAUGUUGCUCGUGUCUGAGCGAGGCGCCGUGACCAUUAAGAAUUAAUUCGCUGCAGAAUGGUCAAGGUCCCGCGAAACGAAGUUUAAGGACCCGCGACGUUCCGUGCGGCGCGCUUUCGCGCUUUUCUCCUUGUUUACUCGUUCAUCGGAGAGGAAUUUUAGACACGGUAAUUUUGUGCUAAAUUUAACAUACUUCACAUGUCCAGAACGAUUCACUCAAAUUUUUGUGUUAAUUUAGCACAAGGCAAAUGUUAGCAACUAACACAAAUAUUAUGUCAGAAAUUAAUACAAAAAAUUAACACUAUGUUAAAACAAAUUUUAUGCAAAAUUGACAUAUUUUUAAUGUUGUCUUUAACACAACAAAAAUGUUUACAAUGAAAAAAUAUUAAAUUAAUCUUCUUUUCUUAUUGCGUUGUUUUUAGAAUGUUGUCAAUGAUUUUAAUCUUCCUGAAAAAUCUUCUUAAUUAUGUGACCUCUAAUUGACUCAGUUGGUAUCAUAUUUGACAAAUUUGCUCGGCAUAGAUAGAAUCGAAUUUGGGAACUCUGCCUCUUGAAUUACCUUACUACUUCUACUCUAAUCAAUUCUAAUCAAUUCUGUUUUAAGCAAUCCGUGCGAGGACAGAGUUCUCCACGAGUUCUUUCCUGAGACGUCACUGCAUACGUUACACAAGGAAGAAUCGGCUAGAGCUUGUUCGUCUAUUCGGCGAUGCGCGUCAUUAUGACAUCGUAACCAAUCGACAUUGCGCCGCAAACGAAUUUCGCGUAACUGAAAACUGUAACGGAGGUAAUGGAGUGUGUGGAAGGAGGAGAGACGAGGAGGAGGAGGAAGAGGAGAGGCUGGAGGCGCCUCUCUCGCGAACUUUCGGCUCGCUCGAACGGCAGCCACGGAUAACCUAUCGUUACCUCCGAAUCGCGCGCUUAUCGCAUUAGCGAAAUGGCUUAUUAAGUAGAGUGGAACGGAAUUACGGUAACGCGAACGCCUAGUCCGCCGUUACGUCUAAGGCUAACCGCGUUUGAACCACACGAGCCUGUCCGAACUCUUUCCCCUUUUCUCUUCUGUCUUUUCUCUUUUAUCUUUUCUCUUUUGUCUUUUCUCUUUUGUCUUUUCUCUUUGGGCCUAUAAUCGCCGACGCUGACAAUUGCUUAUCAGUGCCGCCGUAAUCGCGUUGACAUCGAUACUGUCACUCUUCCAUUUUCACGAUUGAGGUCGCGAGUAGUGCGAGAAGGGGCUUUGGAAAACGUUCGUGGUGUGGAAUAUUGCAUCGUGCCUUUUCUAAGAUUUUUCGCGCGACUGAAGAUUUGUUUCUUAUAAUCGAGACUUCAAGAAAAGGAGGCCUCUAAUUUGUUCUGCAUGUUUGUUUGUGUUUGCACGCCUCCUCUUAACUCGAGCACGGUUAGAGAGACUGAGAUGAAACUUUUUUUAACUUUUUGUCACAGUAUGUUAUCUACGUGAUAUGUGGAUUGGUGUCACUAGUCGAGUUUAUUCAGGUGACUUGAAAAUUGAGUAACUCCAUUGCUUUCUUGAAAAUGCCAAAACGUCUAAAGAGAUACGGGAUAAAAUUUUUAUUUUUAACCGACUUAAAGGAAAACUUUUUAAGAGCAGAUUAUUGUAUUGCUUUCUGUAAUGAGACAUCGAGGUUUUAUCUGUGAAAAAAAGCAUUUUAAUUUAGUCUUAAUUCGAAAUUCCAUUUGACGUCCUCAAUUACAUUUUUAUGUUUUUAUUUUUUAGUAUAAAAUGAGAGCAGCAUUAGAGGUAUAGAAAGAGAGGAGAGGGAGGAGAGAGAGUUCUAAUCUGAUGGAUAGCAGUUUCAUCAAGUUCUCUCUCUUUCUCUCUCUCUCUCCCUCCCUCCCUCAUAAGAGACUAAUAACCUAGUUCCGCCUACCGCAUAUUUUCCUCGCGACCGGCAAUUAUUUUAUAUGUUCGCGCAUCGAAUUAGCAAAUGAGGUCAUCGGGUCCCGCGGCAAAAUUCAGAGAAUCGCAUUCUUCGUUCAGAUUUAUUCUCCUGUUCCCGCCGAGAGACGCGGAGCCGUGGACCGCUGCAGUGGAUUCCCCGAAGCACCUCUUUCGCGAAAUUCCAGUCGAGAAUGCGAAGCCGCAUCUCAUAACGCGUCUCCUUGGAAGACGCGUUUUAUUCAAAACGAUUAGGCACGACUAGGUGUCGUCGGUUGUGCCGUAUCGUUCCGUCAGCGCGAGCCAUUCGCGCUUAUUGAUAUUCGUUUAACAUUCGGCAAGUCGAAAUCCUUGCGCUCUUGUUCCGAAAGAAAGAAAGAAAAAGAGAGAGGUACACAUGAAGUAUGGAAAACAAAAUGAGAAAAUGAAAACGACAUUUACUUGAAAUUGUUUUAUACAGCGUGGGUAUAUUGGCGAAGCUUCUCCAGAUAGAUCGUGAGUCUUAUAAGGACGAGAGAGUCUGCGUCUUUACGUCGCGCGUAAAUCACGUGUGGACUUUUACGAUCGAUCUUUCGCGCAUUGAAUUCUGCAAGAUGGUACACGUAGGCGAGAUUGCGAAAACGAGCGCUGUAAGGGGAGCGGGGGAAUGACUUUUCUCGGAUCCGUGAUAUUUCAGGCUUUACACGUGUGGCGAAAGUAUAAAGUAUAAGUAUAUCGCAGUAGAAAUUACAACAGAAGUUUUAUGAUCUUGGAUCAUACAGAAUUACGACUGAAAUUGCUGUAUAUUUAAAAAAAAAUGUUACGCAUGUUUAACUGUUUGUUUUACCACAAAAUUAUGUUUAUUUCUUUUUUCAUAUCAUACAUUAGUCAGAUCAUCACAGAUUUCUGCAAUAAUUCAUGUUACAAUUUCAAUAUAGUCCAAUUUUUGACGAAAAACAUUUUAAAAAGAAAUAUAAUUUCAACGUAAUUUUUAUUACAAUAUUUUCUGCGUGCACAGAGGAUCCCAGACGUAACGUUCCUCUCUCUCUCUCUCUCUCUCUUUCUCUCGAACGUUACGAAAUAUUCGCGACGCGUGUGCUGCGACUCUCAAGAACACCCCAACUCGUGUCUCACUCUUGAUCUCUCGUUUUCGGACGCAAUUAAAAAAAGAAAGAGAAGAGAAAAGAAAGGGAACGACCGGCUAGAAAAUCGUAUCUCCGCCCGCGGCGAGGACAGUCUCCGGUUCUGAUGGUACGGUCGGGAUCGCCAUCGAUGCAUCGGCGAUCAUGCUGAAGUGGGUGCACUACUGCCCGUUGCCAAAAGAUCGUGAGAUCGCGCCCGCAGGCGCGAAAAUGGUCGCGCCAGGUGGCGGCGAGACGGCGACUGACGAGAAGACGGACGAAAGAAAGGCGAGCGAACGAAGAAAGGACGGCGGCGGCACGGUGCGAAGUGCGCGAAACGCGAAAACCGCCACGCCGGACGCAAUCAUGAGGAGGUGCUUCCGCUUCGGGGGUUCGGAUCCGAGGGUAGCGACCUGCAGAGGAAAGCUGCAGAACAAGCGAAGCAAGCUCAAUCAGGAGAUUAACAAGGAGCUGCGGCUGCGAGCGGGCGCGGAGAAUCUCUUUAAGGCGACGACAAACAGAAAGCUGAAGGAGACCGUCGCCUUGGAGCUGAGCUACGUGAAUUCGAACCUGCAGCUGUUGAAGGAACAGCUCGCCGAGCUGAACAGUUCCGUGGAGCUCUAUCAGAAUGUCGACGGCGAGGAGCCCGUUAUGCCGAUGAUACCAUUGGGACUGAAGGAGACCAAAGACAUCGACUUUCGGGAUCCGUUUAAGGACUUUAUCUUGGAGCACUACAGCGAGGAUGGUGAGAACUACGAGGAAGCUAUAGCCGAUCUAAUGGAGACUAGACAAGCUACGAGGACGCCGACCAGAGACUCGGCGGGGAUAGCGCUGCUGUUGCGUUAUUACAAUCAACUCUAUUUCAUAGAGAGGCGUUUCUUCCCGCCCGACAGGAGUCUCGGCAUUUACUUUGAGUGGUUCGACUCGUUGACGGGAGUACCCAGUUGUCAACGAACGGUUGCCUUCGAGAAGGCCUCGGUUCUCUUCAACGCCGGCGCGCUCUACACGCAGCUGGCGGCCAAGCAAGAUCGCAUGACCGCUCGUGGUCUUGAUCAGGCGGUCGACGCUUUCUUGAGGGCGGCCGGUACCUUCCGGUACAUCCACGAGAACUUUACGAACGCACCGAGCAUGGAUCUGGGCCCAGAUAUGUUGGAAAUGCUCGUGCAGCUCAUGCUUGCUCAAGCGCGAGAGUGCCUGUUCGAAAAGCUGGAGCUUCAAUCGAGGGACGGGAGGAACAUUGACGUUUGUUUGGAUCUUGCUCAAGAGGCUGCUCAGGUUGCGGCGAUAUACAACGAUGUCCACGGAUUGAUAUCGCGCGAGCCAGUUCGUGACUAUGUCCCGGAAACUUGGAUCUCGUUGAUACUAGUGAAGCGCGAGCACCACCUCGCUCUUGCUCACAAGCAUAUCGCGGUCGGUCUGCUGGACAGACCUAUCGUCGAGUUUCGCGUAGAAACUAGACUCACGUUGGAGCACAUUCAGAAAAGUGACGGAAAGACACAGUUAGACGCGACAAUUCCCAGGGAUGAUAACGAGAGGAAAUUAUUGGGCAAGGCGCAUCUCAGAGAGGCUCUUGUUCUGCAUGACGAGAGUCAACGACUGCAGAGAAUGUGCCGCGAUCUGAAAGGCAAGCAAGCGCUGGCGAGAGUUCUGAAGAAGGCGCAAGAAGCGACACUCGACAGCUACAACAGAUUCGGCAACGAAGACGAUUUUCGAGAAUUGCUGGAUCCGCCAGACAUUAUCGCUUCCACGAAAUUUCAACUUAGCAUCACCCAUCCAGAUUUCGGGCAGCACGGAGUGGACGAUCUUUUCAGAUCGUUGGGACCCGUAGCGAUAUUCUCGGCCAAACGGCAUUGGACCGCGCCACGACUGGUACAGCUCCAACGAGGUCCCGACGGUGAAGGCUUUGGAUUCAGCGUCCGCGGUGAUGCUCCGGUGAUAAUAGCUGCCGUCGAUCAUAAUUCGCUAGCUGAUGUAGGCGGGAUGAAGGAGGGCGACUUCAUAGUCGGCAUCGGCGACAAGGACGUCAAGUGGGCGUCCCACGAGCAAGUCGUACGUAUGAUAAAGCAGUGCGGCGACUUUAUAAAUUUGAAGUUAGUCACACCCAUGGACAGGAAUUACUUAAAGGGAAACCCAACAAUCACCACGAUAAGGGCAGCGUCUCGGCGAGCAGCUCCUCCGGCGUCUCUUCUGGCCAGCCGAGCCCGGCGGGAUCCGUCACUACGGCGCACGUAGUCAGGAGGCUGCCGUGGAAUCCCUUUAAGAAAUCCGGCGUUCAACGCGAGAACCGAGAUUUGACAUUUGACAACGUUAUCCUUAGAUGAUCGCCGUGUCAGAAGUAUUUUCUUCCAGGCACUACCGUGCGAGUUUAAAGCGCGCCGCAACGAGUCACCAAAACGAUUCAUAAUACAUCGCAGAUGAUAUGAACGAUGGUUUAUUUUCCAAUCGCCGACAUCGAGUAUUAUUUGGCGAUUGGAAAUGGCCGUCAAUUAUUAGUAAUUGCGGCGCGAGUAACAAUCUACGGCGAGAGACGCGAACUUUACGCCGUGUAUCGUCGAUGCACGUCGCGUUUCUACGUAUUACACGUAACAGAUUAAUUUCUGUAGACAUACAAUGACUGGAAUAUUGUAUAUUCGUGCCGCAAUAUAUCGAACGCUCAGCAGUUUCUUAUCUAUCGCUAAAGUUCCGUCCGAAUAAUCCGGCAUAUCCGGAUUAAUCCGAAGAAAUCCGGCGUUCAACGCAAGAACCGGGAUUUGACAACGUUAUCCUCAGAUAAUCGCCGUGCCAGAAGUAUUUCCUUCCAGGCAUUACUGUGCGAGUUUAAAGCGCGCCGCAACAAGUCACCAAAACGACUCACAGUACAUCGCAGAUGGUUUAUUUUCCAAUCGCCGACAUCGAGUAUUAUUUGACGAUUGAAUUAGUCCGAAUAAUUAUCGAUAUAUCUUCAUCUUGAGAGCAAGCGUUACAUUCAGAUCUAAUUCGAGAUAUCCACGAUUAGGGAUCCGAUUCCGGUAAUACUGAAAUCUCGAGAUUUCAACGAUUGAAUAUCGGGGAUCCUAUGAUUUUUACUUGCGACCAACAUAGUGCCAACAUAGGCGUAGUAUAAGCGCUGCAAGAGAAUCGUCCGGAACCGCGUAUCAUGCGGGGCACAAACGUGUUUUGCACGACUGAGUUAAAUUAUAAUUUCGCUUCCUGUCCGAUCGUUUACGUAAGUUCGUUGACAGCGUUGAAGUGAACCGAUGAGAAAAAAUGAACGCGCUGAUAAAUAAUCGUGUGCCAGCGCGAGAGAUCACGACAACAGCCUCGCAGCUUGUACUUGAAUUUCCGUUAAGUCUUUAAGCGGGUUAAGUAUAAAUUGGGCCUGUUUAUGCAGCGUAUUCGCGCUCGUGCGCGUCUGUACAUUUAUACAUAGCAUGUAGUAUUGGUAGAGGCGUGUACACAGCUUUUUACUCUAUAUAUAUAUAUAUAUAUAUAUAUAUAUAUAUAUAUAUAUAUAUAUAUAUAAAGUAUUA